ACAUGCAAAGUUUCAUGCUUGUUGCACAAUCCUUUGUCAAAUGGCGCACCACUGCAGUGCAUUUUGAACCACUGCGUUUUGAACACAUUAACAUGGUCGGCUAGCUGUGUAUACGCCCUCUCAAUUCGCCAUUGCUAGAGCUGAGAGGCACAGUGUGAGGAUCAAGUUCGAUCUCGUCAAGCGCAAUUAAUGAGGAAAUAUUUGCAUGGGAAGGAUAAUAACCAGGACGUGGUUCAUGAUUGAGACUUUUUUCGCAGCGGAAUAAUAAAUUGAGUUUCAAGAUGCGAUUGGCACACCCUUCGACGUUCGUCGGACUUGCCAUGGGUUUCUUUCUCGGUCUAGUGCCGUCCAUUUUGUUGGGCGGUUGGCUUAACCUCUAUACACACGAGAUCAAGAAGAGCACGCUGAAGUCGGUCAGUAGGCCUAUCGUUUCGAACAAUCUGGAGCUAUCGCACAUUAACUCCUACACUAGGCCUGCAGACAAGGCUAAGGACAGGCAAGAGACCGACCGGUCUUCACCCCGGAAAAUCCUGCUGGACUGCGGUGCUAACGUGGCCUCCACGGUCCUGCUGUUCAGAGAGACCUACCCCGGGGGAAGAGAUUUCACCAUCCACUCUUUCGAAAUUGACGACCGGCUAUCGCCGUACUUCAGCCCGUACGACAAACAUCAUCUGCACUGCCCCGUUGGCGUAGCGGGCAAGGAUGGCAACAUGACAGCUUUUUCGGAGAUGGUUUGGGGACCCAACAAGGGCAAGAAUCACGGCAGAGACAUGCAGUGGGGAGGAGGCUCACUGUUCGUAUCCCAAAAGGAACUGAAAGACAAUGUAACAGGUGGUUUUCGAAAGCUGUCCUAUCGAAAGACUAUUCCGGUCGUUGACCUUUCAAAAUGGAUCAUAGACAACUUUUCAGUGGACGACUACGUCAUUCUAAAACUAGACGUUGAGGGCGCUGAGUUCGACAUCCUCCGGAAGAUGAUAGACGACAAAGCAUUUGCCUACAUCGACAAAUACUACGGUGAAUACCAUGAUGGUCAACCAACAGGCUGGACCAAGGAAGGCCAAAAUAAGAUACGCGCGGAUAUCAAGAAGGCAGGCUUUACAAUGGUUGACUGGGUGGGGGAGAAACGAACAUACAGUGAUAUCGAUAAAAUGAACCCCAUCAAGGUUCCAUCGGACACCCCUGGUAAACCUGGCGAGAUCUACUCGAGUUGUGAGAGCGGCUCAGUGGCCCUCACUGUCGCAAUCGGCAUGAACUUCAAGCGUGCACACCGGGUGGUGGCCACUCUAGUGGCCCACAAACCCCUGGUUCCCACCACGCUGUUUGUCUAUGGCGACUUCGUGCAGGUCUUCCCCGAGACGGUCAAGUCCUGGGCCCAGCACUUCAACAUCGCCAUACGGGAGGACGGCUACAAUCCUCCGGGUCACUUGGAGUUGAUGCCCGGUCACUGGGUCCGUAUGGGUCUGAUCAGUAGCAUCUUGCGUCUGGAGGAGAUUGGGAUCACGACUUCUUACUAUCUGCCGUCGGUGGUGAGGGAUAUUAUUCCCACAAUCAAGGCAGAAGCUGCUGCAAGAGGGCUGAGGAUUAUUAAGCCCGUCGUAGAAUUUCCUGCUAAAAAUGGCUCAGUGGGGCAACUUACGGUGGACAACUACUACAAAUACCGAGACGUAGAGCGCGUGCCCAAAGCCCUGCGACGGAUCCACGACGCGCUCAUCAAGAACGAAGGGGGCGUCCUUACCCUAGACACAGACUUACCAGACACCUACAUGAACUCUGUCUUCAUGAUGGACUACCUGGUGGAAACCUCCGGCUUCAAGUUGGUGCCUUUGAACGAAUGCGUUGCCAAGUCACGAUAGUGCAAUCACAAUGUGACAUCAGCAACGCCCUAUACGGGGCGGUGGGCAAGCAAAGGGUAUACACAGCUGUUACGUCAGAUGCAAAAGGUCUAAGCUUCCCUGUGCACAAGCUUAGACCCCUUGCAUAUGACGACACAGCAGUGGAUAGGUCUUUGUUCCUUAUUUGAAUGACAAAACAUACCAUCAGUGAUGGCGCAGCGUGCGAUGGGUCUAUAUUCAGAAAUGGUUCUGUCCCAACAACAGAGGUCGGUGGCGGGUAAUCAUUUCUGCUUUGUAUUGUUUUGUUUUGUUUUGCAGGAACUUUUACUUCAAAUCGGAGAGGGUGUAGCAUUCCAACAAUUAAACUCUCCCGCUUCAGUGCCUUUUUUUCCCAAUAGAAACUAAAAUAAGCCUAAAGAAGUUGCAACAGAAACAAACGAAAGAAAGCGGUGUCAGUCUCGAUUCUGUGAAAUUACUCUUCCUCCGCUCAACUCUCGGAAAUUUUGUCGGAAAUCCCACACCAGAUUUAGGAUUCCUGUAAACUUAAUUUUGGCGCAUACUAUCUUACUCAAGCUAUUGAGGUGGUCGUGACAUUUGUCUAUUUUUGGGGGUGUAUUAAUUGUAUUCUUACUAUUUUUUGAAUUAUAUUUUGGUUUGUAAUGACUUUCUUCUGUUCGAGUGGCACUGUAAAGUUGCUUGAUGCCUUUGCAGCUAUUCAACUCGGUGCAGCUGUUGCAGAAAUGUAAAUUUUCCCGAUUUUUUUUAACACCAUGUUAAACAGUUACUGUUUAUUUAUUGCAGUUAUGUCUUUACUCAGGGUAUGCCCAAACAGCCUACUGGUUUCCAUUGGGGCCCUGCAAACACUACAUUAUACACACGUGUACAAAUACAAUGGCAAUACAAAUACAAUACAAUACAACACAUCAAAAUAAAAAAUAAAAACAUGCGGGAUUACUGCAUGACUACAAAAGACUAUACAAACAUGUACAAAUACAAUACGUGACAAAAUGGAAUACAACACAAUGAAAUAAAAUAAAAGCAUAGAGAUUACUGCAUGACUGUAAAGCAACUACAUGUAUAUUGUACAUCAUUACAAAGGAACAUAUACAGUUUGAAACGACAUCGCUUAGGUGAAUUAAGGGUACACGAAGAAUUUGGAUGUUUUUUGCCACAUCGGUAAAAUAUAUUUCUUCUUGUGACAUCGGUUCAGUACAUUUGUAUACACUCGCUGAGUACUGUUCAUUGUGCCAAUGCCUUAAUGUCAAUCUUGAAACUGAAAUAAUUAAGUUUUUUAAGAAGAAUUUAUUAAGGAAUGUGUAUACAUGUAUACAUUAUAAUUUAUUUGGAAUAUAAAAAUAAACUGGACCUUUUCUUUGAAUCUGGUUUGGUGUGGUCAUCUGAUUGCACAAUGCUAAAACCUGCAUGUGUAUUGAGGGUUGUAUGCACGUUUGAUUGGAAUAUGAUAAUAUAUUGAUUUUGUUUAAUAGUGACUGUAUUACUAUACCACAGGCCAAUUUAUCAUUGUAUAGGUUUUCCCAGCUAUUUUAAACAUUUUCGUUCGAAUUCACCGAUUAUUGUAUUCAAAUUCGUCCAGCAACAUCACUUUAGUGCACUUCAGUUCAAGAAAGUUCAAACAAUGAGCAUACGUUUUUGUCCCGGAGUAUUCGAUUUCGUUUCGUCUACGCCAAACCUUGUUAUUCAGAAAUCAAAUUCGUCUAAUUGAUUUAUAUAAGAUGAAUUCGAUCUCUGAAUGCUGCCAUUUCGGCAACAGUUUAGACGAAUUCGAUGUGUAAUGACAAAUAUUCUCGACCUGGUUACUAAAAAGGGUGACCAAACUUUGAAAUUCAAUGGUAUGACUUUGUAUCUGAAAAUUCAAAUUGAUUUUGUCAAAAGCGUGUGAAAUUUUUCUUGGACGAAAUUUAAUGAUCGAGUUGGUGAAUUUGAAUGAAAAAAUCUUUUUAAAAAGCCGGGAAAACCUAUAAUACAAUUAAGUGUAAACAUUCCAUGCACAUUAUUCCGAGGCAACUCCGUGAUGUGAUGUGAGUUAGCUGUAUUACAGCUUGUCUGUAUUGUAUAGGUUGGUUAAUGUUUAAAUGUUCGAGGGCUUGUACUUCAUGUAGUGUCUAAGUUUUAACAAAAAUCCAAUAUUUAAUUCUAAUUUCUCGUGCGGUAUUUGGUAUUUUUUUUAGAAAAUGUGUGAUGAACAGUGUGUGGAAGUACAAUAAAAUAAUAUUGAUUGUUUUAUAAA